AAUAGAUUUGCAUUACUUCCUAGACAGCAUAGCCAAUGAUGAUGACAUGAAAGAUGAAAAGGAAAGAUUUACCACGAACAAAGUUUAAUUUGUGAUAUUAUGAAAUGCCUCUAACAAGUGAAAAGUCCAUCAGAAGCAACUGAAUAAACUAAUCUACUGAAUAGAAUCAUAAGGAAUAUUUAUUUUUUAAUGGUUCAGUUUGAAAAGAAAUUAAUGGUUUGAUAACUAAUGGCGACGGCAGCUCCAGUUAAACCGUCAUCGGUUGCAUAUUUUUAUGGUAGAAUAACAAGAGAGGAAGCAGAGCAAAUUCUGGCCAGCUAUGAUAAGAAAGAAGGAUUAUAUUUACUAAGAGAGAGUAUUAACCCACUAGGAAACUAUGCUAUUAGCAUCUGUCAUAAUAACAAUUUUCAUCACUACAACAUCGAGAAAAGACAAGAUGGCAUGUAUAAAAUAUCUGAUGGUCGGCCCUUUCCCGGACCUGUAGAAUUAAUACAACAUCAUGAGUAUAAUUUGGAUGGUAUGAUUACAAAUCCAAAGUUCCAAUGUGUCAGGCAGCCAUUCCAGAGACCUAUAGCAUUUAGAGGGAUGACAUAUACAGAGCUUGAGAAUGAACUUAUAUCUAAAGCAGAAUCUAUGAAGAACAAAUAUACUGACUUCAUUCAUAGACAUUCAUUAAGUCUGGACAAGAAUGCCAAAAUGGAGAGGGCUCUUGGUGCUCAAAGGGACCACUUAAUUUUGUUAGUGGCUAAAGAUCUUCAUAAAAAGCAACCAUGGUAUCAUGGGAAAAUUACCAGAGAUGAAGCUGAUAAAAGAAUGACUAAAGCAGGUCAUGAUGAUGGAAAAUUUCUAGUUAGACAAAGAGAUGAUAAAAAGACCUUUGCCUUAACAUUAAGUUACAGAAAUGAGGCCAGACAUUAUAUGAUUGAUAAAAAAGAAAAAUUUGCCAUACAAGAUGGUCCAAAAUUUGAUUGUUUAAUGAUGUUGAUUGACCAUUAUCAUAAUAAAUCUGAUGGGUUACUAUGUAAACUAGCCACUCCUGUUCCUAAACCAGGGUAUGAUAAAAGUGCUUUGGCAAAAUAUAUGGAAAGCAGUACAAGACAAAACAUGGUUUAUUCUGAUCAUCAAAUUCCAGGACGUAGGCCGUCACAAACCUCAUUACACUCACCUACUUCUCCAACUGGUAAUAGCUUCCCAGGGAAAGUCCCAUCCAGGGCUAAUAGUAAUCGAGAUCGAGCUUUACCACUUCUUCCUCCAGAAGAAAAUGCACCACAACCUCCCCCUACACGGACUAAAUCUGGAAUCAUUGGCAGACCCCCACCUCCAUUACCUACUGGUGCAGAAAGGGCAAACUGGACAGGUGGAAAUUGGGAACAACCAGAUGACGAUCAGGACAGAAGAAUUAAAAUUGAUAUGGAAAGUUCACAGUUAGAAAAGAUUUAUGAUGACCUCCCUAGAACAAUGGAAACGUUUAGCAUUAGACAAUCUCAGCUUCAACUGGAAGAAGAACUUGGAUCUGGCCAGUUUGGAUCUGUACAGAAGGGAUAUUGUACAUUAAAGAGAGAAGGAAAAAUUCCUGUCGCUGUUAAGAAACUGAAAAGUGAGGACAAGUCUGCAGAGCAGGAGAUGUUAAAAGAAGCUGAUUUGAUGAGAAAUUUAACUCAUCAAAGAAUUGUCCGAAUGAUAGGUCUAUGUAGAGCAGAUUGUAUAAUGUUAGUGUUAGAAUUAUGUCCCUGUGGACCUUUAAAUUCAUUUUUAGCUAAGCACAAAGAACUGAAGCAGUCAACAGUUGUUCAGUUAAUGUGGCAGGUAGCUCAAGGAAUGGCUUAUCUUCAUUCUAAAAAUUAUGUACAUAGAGACUUAGCUGCCAGAAAUGUAUUAUUAGUGUCCGAAAAUUCUGCUAAAAUAAGUGACUUUGGUAUGUCUAAAGCACUCAACAUUGGAAAUGAUUAUUACAAGGCCCAAGAAGCUGGUAAAUGGCCAUUAAAGUGGUAUGCUCCAGAAUGUGUAUACUAUUGGAAGUUUGAUGCAAAAUCUGAUGUAUGGAGUUAUGGCGUAACACUGUGGGAGGCAACUUCAUAUGGUGAAAAACCUUACAGGAAAAUGAAAGGAAAUGAGAUCCUGAAGUUUUUGGUAGAAGACGAAAAAAGGUUACAGAAACCAGACUUUUGUGAUGAGCAAGUUUAUGAAAUUAUGUUGGAGUGUUGGCAAUAUGAUAAAAAAGAUCGACCCACAUUUGAAGAAAUUGACCAUAAGAUGAAAUAUCAACAACAGAGACUGCUGAGUUUAAAUAAGUGAUUUUUUUUUAUUAGAAAAUGAAUAAGAUCAUACCAGUAUUGUUCCAAUAUUGUUAAUUUUUAAAACUUUACAUGGUAAUAUUUGUUUGUCUUUGUUAUUGCAAAUAGAAUAUAUUUGUAAAUGAUUUGUAAUGAUUUGCCAGACUAUACACGCCUUACUGACAUUGACUACAAGUUUUGUUAUUUUAGAUAUAAUUGUUAUUAGUAUGUGCAGGGAGAACUUGGAUGAUUUAUCUUGACAUGCAUAUAAUAUCAGAAAGGAUAUAUAUGUUUUGAUAUAAAAUCUGUACAAAAUAUUUUAAAAAAUGUCAGUUUACACCUUCAUUUCAGAAUAAAAUUAGUUUAUUGUCUCGACAAUGUUAGAUUGGGGGAGGGGGCAUUUUAAAUGGCUGGGAUCACUCUAAUUUUGUUAUAAAAUCAAGAUAAAACAGAAUUGAUUGUUUCUAGAAUUUUCAAACUUAUCUCUCUUCAAGACUUAUCAAAGAGAAGUUUUGUGCAAUUUAAAAUAAAAAGAUCUUGCAUGCAUUGUCUCAUCAACAAUUUAUUUUUUUACGUUUAAAUUUUUAUUUGAUGAAAUUGUAGAAAUGAAAAGUUUACAUUGUUUACAUUGAAAACCUGUUGUGGAAAAUUAUUUACUGGUUUUUUUUCAGUUUUGGAUGUUAUCCAUAAAAAAAACCUCUAGGAGCUAGGUUAGAUAUUCAAAUUGCAAAAAUGAACAUUAAUAAAAUGUAUUACUAAGGUAUAUGCAUAUAAAAGUUCUAGCAAACUGUCAAAAUAUUCACUAGGUGAGUGGUACCAGCACUAGUGGGCCACUUGUUUCAAUGAUCAUGUGGUUUUAACAUUGAAGAAAAAUUUCAGCAUUUGAACUGUUUUAGUAUAUAAUUAGGACACUUUUGUUUUUUUAUGUGUGUAAUUAUACUUUUUAUUAAGAUAUCUCAUAGUGUCCUCAUUCCUGGUGCUACAAAAGCAGUCAUUUCAUGACAUAUUCAUAUUUCAUUUACAUGUUGGCUUGUGGAUAUGAUAUUUCAUCAUCAUUGUGCAUAAUUAUAUAUGAAUGGUUCAUAUGUUUCAAGUGUUAAUGUAAAGGAAACAAAACCUGUCAUCAGAAUCAGCUGUUUUUUUUCCUGGCCAUUUAAGUUAAGUGUCCCAUUGAAUAAAUACAAUAGCUUUUGUUUUCUGUGGUGUUCUCCUUUAAAAACCAAUCGUUCAUUAAUUAAUUCUGCUUUAAAACACAUAAUUCAAUUUUCCAAAAUUUAGAGUUAGGUAAACAUCAACAGAUACUGGGGAAAUUUUUUAUUUUUUUCAAAAUAACAAUUUAAAAGAACUUUUUGUAUACAAACUGUAAUUGAGAAUUUUGUAUGAUAGUUAUUUUUAUAAUGAAUUUCACAAUCUUUUAUAUUUGUGAAAUAUGAGUUUCGAACAACUUUUUAUUUUGCAUAAAACAUAUGUUUUCUUCAAUCAUUAGAUCAUCUAUAGUUAUUCAUAAGUAGAAUUAUAUUAGUUGAAAUGUUCAUUUUUUAUCAAAUGUUUAGAAAAAGACAUGGGAACAAUAGUUGCAAAAAAAAUCAACAUUAGGAUAAUAAAGAAUCAUAGAUUUGAUUUGCUGCUAUUAAAGGCUUCAUAUCAUUUGUUUUAAACACGCAAUGGGGCUUAUUCUAAUCAUUUUGGGAUCCUGGCUUUAUUUAGAAUUUUGCUAGAGUUUUAUUAUUCAAGAAAUCACAUUUGCUUAUUAAUUUGUUGGUGUGUACAAAAAUUUUCCCAAAUAAAAUUUGAUGUACUUUACAUUCUAUUUUAUUUAAAAAAAAUAUUUAUUGACUUAUUUUGCCUGUUUUGUUUGAUACAACAAUUGUGAUAUGAAUAAACAUUCCACAUACUUUUACAAUAGAUUUUUACAGUAGGAAAAAGCUAGACAACCCUUUUUGAUAGAAAUCUUCCAAUGUACAUAAACAUACAGUAAGAAAUUAAAUUUUGAAAUGAAGCAAGAAAAAAUGUGUGAAAGUGAGUGAUUCAUUUCUUUAUCAUGAUACUGCUAUUAUUUUUUAAAUGUCUGUAGGCAUUGAAUGGACACCAAGUCUAAAUGAAAUACAAUCUAAAAGAGCUUUUUAAAAUUGACAAAAAUCAGACAUGGUAAAAAUGGCUCGAUUUAUGAUAUUCCUCGUAUUAUCUUUUAACCUAUUGUUACUAGUAUUUUUACUUGUCCCACCAAAUUAUUUGUGAAUUAUUUACUUAUUUAUAUUUUGUAGUCAGGUUUUUUUUUCCUGUAAAUAUUUAUAUGUGUAUAUCUUGAAAAAUUCUAUAUGAACAAAUGUUUGCUAAUCAUUACUAAUACAGUUCUCAAUGAGAAUAAAGUGUUCAGCUGUACAUAUAAUAUUACACUAAAUCUUAAUUUAUAUAAAAAAAACUCUGGUAGUAAACAUUAUUAUAUCUACAACUUGAUUUAUGUGGAUAACAUUUAAUUUAAUUGCUAUAUUUUUUUUUAUUUAAUUCACCAUACUUUUUACCUGUAUGUCAUUAACCUGAGCAGUGGCAGAUCCAGAAUUUUUCAUAAGUGGAGGCCCACUGACUGCCUAAGAGGGGGCCUGCUCCAGUCAUGCAUCAGUGAUUUCCUAUAUAAUCAACCAAAUUUUUCCCAGAAAAAGGGGGGGGGGGGUGCUGGGCCCAAUCUAUCUC